ACCGUCCUUCACUGUCUUCUUCCAGCCACUAGCUCUCUCUCUCUCUCUCUCGUGUUCAUUGUAUUCAUCCUAUUGAACCUUUCCUCUUCUUCAGCCGCUUCGUUUUCGGGUUCCAUCACUUCAGCCUUCCUCAGCAUAUAUAAAUUCUUAACUUUCAUUUCUCUCCAAAGAGGAAGGAAAAAAAAUCUGAAAGAUAGAAAUAAAAAAGCGGGAAAAUGGCGGAUAUUGUUCUGUCUAUGGCUUCCAAAGUGGCGGAAUACCUGGCGGCUCCAAUUGGUCGUCGAUGCGGCUAACUGAUAUUCUCCAACAGCUACGUUGGCCAACUGAAGGAAGAACUUGAGAAGCUGGAUGACGCGAGGGUUGGGCUGCAGCGCUCGGUCGUUGAUGCUGAAAACAACAUGAGGGAGAUAAAACGCGAAGUUAACAGAUGGAAGAAUGAUGCAGAGACUGUUGCCAACAAGGCGCACGGCAUGCUGGAUAACGAGGGAAGAGCCAAGAAAACUUGCUUCUGCGGGUGGCUUCCCAACCCAAAGGAGCGUUAUUGUCUCGGCAGGGACGCGAGGAAGACAGCCCAGGCCAUCCAGGCACUCAUCCCACAAGGUAAAUUCGAGAGCGUCUACUAUGAGAGUGCUCCGCCGGGGCGUGUCACUGGCACUCCCGAUGUGAAUUCCUCAGCCGGUGAUGGGGCGACACUAUCGCAGACUCGCGAGCUUCCGUCUUUCAGGGCAUAAUGAAAGCUCUGGAUGAUGAGAAGCUAAGAGUGAUUGGGGUCUACGGGCCUGGCGGCGUGGGGAAGACUACGCUAUUGGAGGAAGUCGAGAAGAAACUCAGGAAAGAGAAGGGGCCGUUCCACAUGAUCGUCAAAGCAAAAGUGUCACAGAUUCCUGUCUCGAAGAAUAUCCAAGAUGAGAUCGCUGACGCCUUGAAACUGGAUCUGAAGGACGUGCGAAGCAAACGCGGUCGGGCAAAUCGUCUGUUGGAGAGAUUACAGCGGGAUCCAAGUGAGAAGGUUCUCAUAAUAUUGGAUGACCUAUGGGGGGAACUUGAUUUGAAAGCGGUUGGAAUUCCUUCAAGAGACAUUAGCGGGAAAUGCAAAUUGUUGCUCGCAUCAAGAUUUGAAGAUGUGCUGAAGCAAAAGAUGUGUGCCGAUGAAACAUUUUUUCUUGGAGGCCUAAACAACGACGAAGCUUUCGGGCUAUUUGCAAAGACGGUCGGCAACAGGCUCGAAGACGAUGAGGAUUUGAAAGCAAUAGCGGCUCGAGUGGUCAAGAAGCUUGCAGGAUGGAGGCGAUGAUAAGAAACAUGUGACCAUACACGAUCUUUACAGCGAGGUGGUCAUCUCAGGUGCAUAUAGUGGUCAGGAUUCCUUAAUGAUUAACAACAAUUAUGGCUCAUGGCCAAAGGAAAAGCUUGAGAAAUGUUGGGCAUGCCUGGUUAAUGUUGGCAGUGAUAAACUUGUUGAACUAAUGCUGCGUCAGUUUCCCCACGUGAAGAUACUCAUGUUGUCAGAACAAAACAAUAUGGGAGAUUGUAGUAGAAUUGA